UGAGGAGGAGAUAAUGGGCGGGCAGAGACCGGCGCCUGCGCGUCUCAGUGGGGCAGACAGGAGCUCCUUGGAGCAGCCUUGCGAAAGAGCCGGAGCUUCUUUAGUUGAGCUGGCUGGCUGUUGGCCCAGUCCGGCGCGGGAGCAUGGCGGAGGCGGCGUUGCCAAGCUCAGGUGAGUUAAAUCCAGAUGCAACUGACUUCAUUCCAAGGGACAGGCAAACUUUCAGUCUAAACUGGUGCAGUCAUUCCAGAUUGGAGUCAAAUCGGGACUCAAGCAGAAGUGUUAUGCCACCUCCUGUUCAACCUAGGCACAGUAAAUAUGAAAAUUUUCCUGUAGAUCAGCAUAAUUUUUAUAGUCUAGAGAGUCAGCAUAGAUGCCAACCAGAUUCUUCAUUCAACAGUAUGGGUAAAACUAAGGGCCGCAACUUACACAAUCAGCGAUGGCAGAGGUCAAGGAAUGAGAGAGCACGUGGCAAAAAUCAGGCAAAGCAGACAACUGCAGGGAGUUCAGAAGAUCCUCAGUGCUUAGAUAGCAGAUUGAUUCCAGGGCGGAGGAUGAAUCCAAGAGAAUACAGUGAUUUUUCUUCAGACAGUGAAAAGGAGGCUGCUACUGCAGAUAACAGAGGAGCAAAACCAAAGAAGACGUAUUUGAUGCAUUCACGUGGAAGAGGGCUGAAAGAAAAGGAGAAACAUCCACCUGAAAGGGAUAAAAGAGUAGUCCCUAAAUGGAAGGACAAGCCCAGUGAAAAUAUACCAGCAAUAGAUCUUACACAGUCAGACUCUUCUGAAGCAUCGAUUGGAAAAGCAAUGUCUGAUGGCUUUUCUGACAAUAGCAUUGCACGGAGAAAGUACCCUUUUGCAAACAGAUAUUUUAGGGAACCUACGUGGAAUAAAGAAACUGGCAAGAGGCAAGAUACAUCCAGGAGUAAAAAUGCAAAACAUGUUAAAAAUGCAUCUCUCCCACAUCCUCCCAAAGAAAGCACUGGUGAAAAGAAAGAAUCUGUGUUGCAUGAAAGAGGUUCAAACUUUGUGAGUGUGUCACAGGCACAACCAUUGCAUGAAGCAGGUACACGGGAAGGGAGAAAACCUCUGCUUCAAGAGGGAUAUAAAAGCAGGCACUGGAAAAGGAAAAAUGAUGCACCAAAGAACAAGGAAACUCAUACAGGGUCUCUGAUAGAGCAGCUUACCUCAGAAAAAUAUGAAUGUAUGGUAUGUUGUGAUGUGAUCCGUGUGGUGGCCCCAGUGUGGAGCUGUCAGAAUUGCUAUCAUGUAUUCCACUUGAGCUGCAUUAAGAAGUGGGCAAGAUCACCAGCAGCACAGACUGAAGAUAGCAAUAGUGGUUGGCGAUGCCCUGCUUGUCAAAAUGUUUCAUCUCAAGUUCCUAAUAUUUACACCUGUUUCUGUGGUAGGGUAAAAAAUCCUGAAUGGAAUAGAAAUGAAAUUCCACAUAGCUGUGGAGAACUCUGUAGAAAGAGAAGAUCAGCUCAAGAAUGUCCACAUCUAUGUAAUAUACUCUGCCAUCCAGGACCUUGCCCAUCAUGCCCUGCUUUUAUGACCAAAAAGUGUGAAUGCGGACGCACAAGCCAUUCAGUUCGCUGUGGGCAUUCUACUGCAAUUCAGUGUACUAAUAUAUGUGGGAAUGUUUUGAAUUGUGGUAAACAUAACUGUACCCGGAUAUGCCAUUCAGGAAAAUGCCAGCCAUGUGAACUGACUGUAAAACAAGUGUGUUACUGUGGGAGCACCUCUCGAGAAGUAUUGUGUGGAACAAGUGAGGAUAAUUUCUCCUGUCUGAGAACUUGUGGCAAAAAAUUAUCCUGUGGAAUGCACAGCUGUGCACAAAUAUGCCAUCCCCAGUCUUGCCAACCCUGCCCACGGCUUCCACAAAUAGUGCACUGUUGCCCUUGUGGGCAGACACCUCUUAAUAAAUUAUUAGAGCUGGGGUGUACAGAACGUAAACUCUGCACAGAUCCCAUCCCAUCGUGUGGAAGAACAUGUGGAAAACCUCUACCUUGUAGUAGCUAUGAUGCUGUUCAUACAUGUGAAAACCUCUGCCAUGAAGGUGAAUGUGGACUGUGUUCUCGUACAUCAAAGGUUUACUGCAGGUGUGCCUUAAAAACAAAGGAAGUUCCCUGUGCCUCACUCAAAAAACAAGUUGAAGUUGUGUUCUUGUGUGACAAGCGAUGCAACAAGAAACUGUCAUGUGGACGACACAAGUGUAAUGAAAUUUGCUGUGUGCAGGAUAAAGAACAUAAGUGCUCUUUGAUUUGUGGACGAAAACUCAAUUGUGGUAUUCAUAGAUGCGAAGAACCUUGUCAUCGUGGCAAUUGUCAGAAGUGUUGGCAGACCAGCUUUGAGGAAUUAACAUGUUACUGUGGUGAAUCAGUAAUAUACCCCCCAAUACCUUGUGGAACUCGACCACCAGAAUGUAAAAAUUCAUGUAGUAGACCUCAUGAUUGUGAUCAUCCUGUGUAUCAUUCCUGUCAUAGUGAAGAGAAGUGUCCACCAUGUACAUACCUCAUUCAGAAAUGGUGUAUGGGAAGACAUGAGUUGCGGAGCAAUAUUCCCUGUUACCUCACUGACAUCUCCUGUGGUCUUCCCUGUGAUCGAAUGUUAAAAUGUGGAAUGCACAAAUGUAAAAGGAUCUGCCACAAAGGGGAAUGCCUCAUAGAUGAAGAGUGCAGGCAGCCGUGUACUAUUCUUAGACUUCACUGUAAUCAUCCAUGUAUGUCUCCAUGCCAUCCAUCUUUACCUUGUCCUACAACAUCUUGCAGUGCAAAGGUUGAACUUCAUUGUGAGUGUGGAAGAAGAAAAGAGACUAUGAUUUGUUCAGAAGCAGCAAGUGCUUAUCACAGAAUAGCUGCUAUUUCUAUGGCCUCUAAGUUAACAGAUCCACAACUUGGAGAUUCAGUAGAGAUCAGCAGAUUGAUUACCAAAAAGGAAAUGAAGCAAACCAGGCUGCAGUGUGAUGAAGAAUGUUUGGCUCUUGAAAGGAACAGGCGGUUUGCUGAGGCUCUUCAUAUUGAUGACAAUUCUGAUCCUUUUAAUGUUCGUGCCUCUGCACCCAAGUACAGUGAUAUCUUGAAAGAGGAUGGAAGAAAAGAUAUAAAGUUUGUCAGUGAAGUUGAGAAAGAAAUGAAAGCCCUUAUAGAAGCAGUAAAUAAGAGCAAGCAUACAAAGAAGAGUCAUUGUUUCCCACCCAUGAACAGAGAACACCGCAGAAUCAUCCAUGAGCUUGCUCAGGCUUAUGGCAUAGAGAGUGUGAGCUAUGAUAACGAACCAAAGCGCAAUGUUGUUAUCAGUGCGGUGAAAGGGAAAUCAGUUUGCCCAACAGUUACUCUGACAUCGCUGCUUACGAAGGAGAGGCAGACCAGGGCCCCACCACCUAUUCCUCAUCACAAACAAUCAGAAAAGCAUGGGAAUAGCAGCAUAGAGAGAGGAUUCAAAGAAGAGCCAGUGAUUGACUACUUCGAUGUACAGGACUGAAGAAAUGAAUGUGAAAUUUAUUCUGUUGAAAAGUCGAAGUGAAAAGCUUCUGAUCAUUUUUGUCAAAAUAUUUGUAUUUAACUUUGUAUUCAAAGUUCAUCAUGGAAACAGCAGAUGAAAAGAUAUGUGCCAAGACAAUAUUGUGUAACAAGCUAUGGGGGAUAAGCAUAGAGUGUAAUGAGAAUUGAAUGUGUACAACAACCGGCAUCCAACACUGCAAAAGUUUUCGUUUGUAAGUUCAAGAAAUUAACAAGUUAUAUCUAAGGCAUUUUGUAUAACAUAAAUGGAUUCUAUCUCAUUUGGAAGGUGAACUUUCACAAAUAAAAUCACAUGAGGGGAGGAGCUGGCACCCAGCUGUGUCUCGUCGUCAGCUCUCCCGCCUGCCAUUUAUGCACUGGGGAGAGGUCUGAAGUGAGGAGCUUGCUGUAUGGGUUUAGGCUUCCCUCAGGGAACCCAAAUCAUGCUGGGAGUGUACACCCAUAGAGCAGGCUCCCUGCUUCAGACCUUUCCUCCAGCCCAGGGUGAGUACAGGUGGGGGUGAGGCAAGGACAUGGAUUGGCAGCAAAUCAACCACAUCUAAUACUUCCAUGAGAAUUAGUGUCAUUAAAAAUUUUCACUUGAAAAAACAGGUAAUUGAAUUAGUGAACUGUGAAUGAAGGAUUCCAGUUAUAUUGAUGAAUCCAGAUGAAUUGAUCAAGAUCAGCUUUUUAAUCAAAAAGGUGUAGUCCUGUACCAAUUUGAACUUAAUCAACAGCAGGAUUGUUGAGAGAAUAAGUUUAUAUUUAGAGUUUAUGUCUAAACUUGAAUUGCCUUUGCUAUAAAUCCUGUUCCAAUGCUGGAUAUUUUCAUGUGGUGAAUGUAUGGAUUUGGGGAGAAUUUUGUGAGCCUGUUGGGUUUUUUUUUAAAACGUGGCAGUUAGUUUCUCCAUUAUCCUUCAGUUACAAUAGCAUGUAGCCUCAUGCUUUGCUGGUAGUGGUAAAAAAAAUAGCAUUUUAAUCAAUGGUCAGGCAGCCAUUGGCUAUGGUUGCUGCACUUGAAAUUGCCGCCCUGGGCUCCUACUGGGAGGAAGGGCGGGAUAUAAAUCUAAUAAAAUAUAAAAAUAAAUAAAAUAUAAAAAUAAAUAAAUAUAAAACUUUGUGUGUGUGUGUAAUCAACAGUGAUCUGUAAAUUUCCUUAAAAUUCUUUCUAUUGUGUACCAUUCUGUUUCACCUUUCUUUUUGCGGUCAGCUUCAGAAUUACAGGAGUGCCCAUAUUGAUGCACCUUACUGGAAAUAAUAGUGUGGAAGGAUAUUAAAUGAGGGUCUUGUUGAGUAAGUCAUGUUUAUUUUUGUUAUAUUUGUACCCUGCCUUUCCAUUAACUAUCUUAGAUGGCAUUUUAUCAGUAUGCAAGAAAUCCUGAAGUGACUUUGACUAUUUAUGGCUGACUUGUGAAUACAUGCAAGUAUAAGUUCUUUGUGCAUUAUGACUUAAAUGAGUGGAGUUAUUUGAACAAUCUUUUGAUUGGCUUAAAAUUGUAACAAGAGGGGGGGCCAAACUCACAUUCCUAGUAGAAUUUUUAAGGUGCUGUUACACAGAGACUUUGGGUUUGAUAAACUGGCCUCUAAUAUAUUUAUGCCUAAUAUUCUGUACUUUAAAGGUUGCUUUUUUCUUGUUCAUUUACAAACAAAUUCUUACAACUAUCCCAUAACAGCAUAACUACAAUUCAUCUGCACAGAUCUUUUCUGUGACGGGAUUUUGUUUCGCAGGACACAGACAAAUAUUUAUUUGGUAUAUAUACUUUUAUUAUAAACAUGCUAACACGUUGAGCACAAUUGCGGCUUUUCCAAAUAAUAAUGAGAAUGCACUUCCUUUUCUAUACAUGUAGUGAAGCUGUACUGCUGGCACCCUACUCCAGUGAUUUUUUUUUCUGCAUGGUAGGGAUUUUGCACACCCUAAACAGGUCUUUUGCCCCUAUCCCAAACACAUGCUGAAAGGAAGCACUAUGUUACAUUUAAGCCACAUGGAUGCAGAAUAGAUCCAUGAGGACUCAUCUGAAUGUGUAGCCCCAUGCUCCUCCAGUCAGCACAAUGUACUUGUGCUGCAUCAAUACAGGAGGGCUGUAACUGCAUGUUUCGAUCUAUCUCUUGAUCUGAACAAAGUUUCCGCAUCCAUGUAUUCCAGCGCAAAUCUACUAUAAGUGGUACUAGUUAUGAGCAACACCAUUUUGUGGGUAAACUCUUGAUCAGAGCCCAUGAGCACAGAAACAUUCUUUUCAUUACUUAGCAGUUUUCAUUUAUGUGGAUAGUGGUUUCUAAGUGACUGGUUCUGCUGUUGCUUGGUGAAAAAGUGCCAUGUAAACACUGAGGGAUUAAACUGGUGUUUCCCUUUGUUGGUUUUGUAACAACUUGAUAUGUGUUAUAUGAAGCUGAGUUCUAAGCUGUUUUGAAAUUACCAUGCUCAUUUAUUCACUUCUGAUUUGGUUUUUGCACUUUUGGUAGCCUAAUUGAGGGGGGAAAUCUAUAUAGAACAAGUUUUUCAAAUUGUUCUCUUUUACAGUUAUAAACAUAUAUCUAUACAUGCAAAUAGUACAGGUGGAACUUCAGGACUGAGGCUCAGUAAUAAUAAUUACAUACUCAAGACUGCUACUCAGUGCUCUGUGUGCAUCAAUUUGUGUGUAAACUAAAGUUGUGAAAAUUGCUAUGAAAACAAUUCCUUAUGCCAUUUAUCUUGACGUACUUCAUGAUGAAGUAAGUGAAUUAACUUGUUUGGUUUUAAAUAAGUUACUUGUCAAAACUUUAUAAACACACACAGAACUUGCUUGCUUUCAAUUCAGUGGUGUAAUAAAUG